GCAGAUAACUAAAUUACAGAGUAAAUGUUGGUAACUAUCAGUUAAAAAAUAUCCGAAAUGGGUGACUGUGUUAAAGUGCUACUCAAAGUUUUGCCCCAAAAUCUUGGUAGUUCUGAACAAAAUGGUAUCUACAGAAAUAAUAUAAACUUGAAAUACAUCGAUGAACUGUUUAAAAAUGUCGAUAAUAAAGUAGAUGUAGUAAAAGUUAAAGAUUUGCAGAAGAAGGCCGAGGCAGAAAUACGUGGUGAAGUGCCAUGUCUGGUGUUUAAGUGCCUAAAAGUAAUUUUAUUAAAUACCAAUGAAGAAGAAAGACUCCUUCACUACCAUGAUUUAGUUAAACUUUUCUACAAUAGCCUAAUUCAAAAAUUGCUAGAAUUACGUAAAUUAGAGAGCCUGAUAACCUUCCAAAAGUAUGAACACCUGGUAAGAAAACUAAUACCUUUGGUUAAAUUGGAAAUACUUCUCGAACAGUACCCCGCUACAAACACAACCCUGUUUGAAGAGCUGAUGGAGUACUUAGAUAUGCCAAAUAUUUUUAGAGAAGACAUUUACCAAGUAUUACAGAAGAAACUUGGUCAUAGCAACUUCAAACUUAUACGGUUUCACUUGGAAGCAGUAUCCAAUAAAGGACUUUUGUCUGAUUGCUCCAAACUUAACGUUUUUGUAAUAGAAAAAAACGAAAAAAAAACUUACAAGUUUUUUAUUAAAUUUUUGCCAACACAACAAACAGCUAUUCAGAAAAUUUUAACUCCUCUGGCUUUCAAAAAAGAAGUCUUGUUCUAUGGAAAAUUCGUGCCACUGUUAAAAGAACUCGGUGAGACAGAAUUAGAGUUUAUUCCAGAAAGUUACUUGGUUAGAGAUGAUCUUAUUGUAUUAAGUGAUAUUAUUAAGCUGGGCUACACCCACUCCGGUCAAGAUUUUCUUGAUUAUGAUCAUUUAUCUUUAAUUAUAAAAUAUUUUGCUCGAAUCCAUUCAUUCUCUAUUAUUUUUGAAGAAAAUGUAAGUAAAACAUUAGGGGAGAGAGUUUUACUGGACACAUAUUUUCCAGAUUUAGUAGAAGAGUCUCAAAUACUACCAAAUUUCAUGAUUAAGUGUCAGUUUGAACAUAUGUUAUUGUUUCUCGAAAAGUUCCCAAGUGUAGCGAAAGAUUUUCCAUUGGAAGAUUUUGUGAUUAGAGCUAGAAAGAAGUAUAGCGAUAUCUAUAAUGUCGUCAAAAAGUCUAAGAAACACAAGAAUGUUUUGAAUCAUGGUGAUGUAUGGCAACCAAACUUUUUCUAUAAGUUUGACUCAAAGCACAAACCAUACAGUGCUAACAUUUUUGAUUUUCAGUUACUACGGUAUGCAUCACCAGCUUUAGAUAUACUUAUGCUGCUCCAUGUUAAUGCAACAAAAGAAACUAGGGACAAUUACAUGUUCCAGCUCCUUCUAGACUAUCACAACGAAUUAAAAUCAACUUUAAUCAGGUUUAAUAUAGACGUAGAAAAAAUUUUCAGCUUUAUUGAACUACAGAUUUAUGUACAGGACCUUAAGGUAUUUGGAAAUUUUAUUGGAACUCUAUAUGGAUACUUUCUGGCAUUGCCGAAGCAAAAGUUUGCAUCAGUUUUCGCAAAUCCUGAAACAAAUGAUAAGUUUUGGUCAGAUCCUAAAUUCAGAACAGAGCUGUGUUAUUCCUUUUGGGACGAUAUAGCAGAGGUUUGGAAGAAAGAGUGGUUGAACAAUAUAGGGGAACUGUAUGAGUUAUGUAAAAAUUAAUAAAAUGAUUUUAAAGCUGGUACAUGUUUUGUGUUAGCAUUAUUCUUUUUAACCAGUGUUGUCUGUUAUGUAAUAAUGGAAAUUGAGUUCAAUAAGCAUAGUUAUUGAAGAAUAAUAUUCGGCCUUGUUUUCACUAAAGAAUAUUUGUACAAAAAAGCUGUAGGCCGAAAUAUCCUAGUAGAUGAUCUCAAAACUAUAUGCAUUGAUCUUUAAACAUAUUUUUCUAAAUUAAAUAAUUUCUAAUUUACUGUGUAAAUUCAUUCAUAUUGAAAUUGAGUUUUUUUCUACAUUUU